AUGGCCUUCAACCGAAGAUUUAAUGAAAAUAAGCCUUCGAGGGAAGCUAGUUCUGAAUACCCCCAAGAACAGGAUGCAAAUGGUAAAAAGAACGGAGAAUACACUGAGAUGGCAGAUCAAGACCCGCCCCCACAAAGAGAAGUAUAUAGCAAGGCGGACUUUGAAAGCUAUGGAAUCCGAGACAAAGACAAAAUGGGCAAGUUUGAGUAUCUCUUUAUCAAGCGCGGCCUCCUCCCUGUAUGCGUUUAUGGUCUAAUAUUCCUAUUCCUCGGUAAUACUGCUGGAAAUUCGUAUAUAUGCGCACAAUACUUUUUACGUCUGGUUGGAACCGCAAACCCUAGUGAAUGGUUAACGAAGGGGGUUGCGGUGGCAGUCAUCACUUUUGCCUGUGUGAUGCACUCUAUAUGGAGGACAGGAGGAAUCUGGCUCUUGAAUGCACUUGCUAUUGUCAAAAUCCUUAUUUUGUGGGCUAUUAUAUGUCUUGGGUACGCCGCCCGGAGCGGACGCUUUGAGAAUAUAAAGGCUGAGAACCCCCCACCGUGGUCAAAUUUUGAACCCGAUCAAUCUUUUGAAGGGCGUUCUACCGGAUUUUAUGGCUGGACUAUCUCUAUCUUGGGGGUUUUGUAUGCUUUUGGUGGUUACGAAAAUGCCAAUUAUGUCUUGAGCGAAGUUAAAAAUCCAACAACAACCUUUGCGCCAUCUGCCAUCGCGGCAAUUGUUUUCACAGGGCUUACAUACAUACUGACUAUAGUCUCUUACUACCUAGUCAUUCCAAUAGAACAGUUGUUUCCAGAUGAAAAUGGCAAAACCGCAAAGCCCGUGCUUUUAUUUUUUGAGCGAUUAUUCGACGACAAUGAAAGGGUGCAGCGGGCAGUAUCUGCACUAGUUGCUUUAUCGAGCCUCGGGAACUUAAUGACCACCACAUUUGUUGCUUCGAGAGUUAAGCAAGAAAUUGCCAAAGAAGGGAUCAUCAUCUUACCAGCUUAUCAUUUUUGGAAAAGAGAGUAUGAAAGCGGUUGGCGUCUGAUUGCGAACCUUUUUAGUGGUUCGGGUGGUAGACCAGGGGGCAACGAUAACGGCUUAAGCGGCAAAGAUAAGGCACCAAUUCCAGCACUGAUCUUGCACUGGGGAACAUCCCUUAUCCUAAUCUUAGCGCCUCCCGGAUAUCUCGUUUAUCAACUAUUUACACGUUUACACUCGUAUAUGUUUCAGGCUAUCUUCGGAAUGAUACUAGGAGGCGGGAUUUUGUAUCUCCGUUAUGUUAAACCUUUGCGAGAUCCUGCCUUCCAGUGGGUCGCCCUGUCUAAGAAGGCUUUUCACGUCCCAGGGGUGCUACGGCCGGUGUUCCCCACCAUCUAUUUUGUAGCCACAUCCUUUCUCGUUAUAGCACCUUUCAUCCAACACGGUGACACAGGGGAGUCUAAGCUAUCGCAAGAUAACAAAUUGAAGUGGUUCGUUUUCCCUGCUGUUUGUUUCUCGCUUUUUGGGGCUGGGAUCUUCUUCUGGUUUAUACUUGACGUGCUGUUACCCCAUACGUUUGACAUGAAGCUUUACCGAGAUCGGCGAGCUGAAUUUGAGGGAGGGAACUUGGCCUGGGAAGGCGUACAGCUAAAAUGGGUCCCCAAAUCUUUCAUCGAAGGGAAGACACCUUUGCCAGAGUGCGAUCCAAGGCUUCCUUAUACAAGACAAGGAAACCGAGAUCCCGAAACUCAAAACGGCCUUUCCUCAUAA